AUGGUUGGUGCGAGAAUCUUAGCACAAUCUUCAAGGAUACGCCUUCUUACGGCCGCUGGCUAUAAAAGAUCAUUUGCCUCGUUUGUUAAUACUGAUUUCAAGUCUGUCAGGCCAUCCAAUUUGCAUUCUAAUGGGAUUCUUCACAAGCAGGAACACCCCAAUCUCCUUGCCAAAAGGCUUAUCACUAACUUGAGAGUCUCCAGAGACCUCCAAGAUAAAGACACUGGGAAGAGUGAUGAACGCUUCAGAAAGAUCAAGAAUGGUAUUGUGUUGUCUCUAUUAAUUCUUUUUCCUAUUGUCUGUUUGAAUCUCGGUAAUUGGCAAUAUAAAAGACUCCAUUGGAAAACUGAUUUAAUUUACAAGCUUAAGGAUCGGGUGGACAGUCAAUCUGUUGACAUUCAGAAAGUUGUUGUUCCAACCGACACCGACGAGAUUACACAGCUAGAAGAUGAUCUAGAAUUUACGAAAUUCAAGAUCAGGGGGAAGUUUGUCCAUGAGGAGGAAUUGUUUGUUGGUCCAAGAGUUUCUGAUGAAAUCAGAGGUUAUUUUGUUUAUACGCCAUUUAUCAUCACUAGUGAAGGUCCAAAUAAGGGCAAAAAGAUUAUUGUGUCAAGAGGCUUCAUUGGUGAAAAGAAAGUGUCCCCACAGUCAAGAUUAGAAAAUAAUAAACUAGCAGAGCUAGCAUUGCCUAUGGGAGAAGUUACAAUUGAAUGCCUUCUUAGAAGACGUGUGAAACCAGGAUCCAUGGCUUUGGAUAACGAUAAGAAUAUCAGAUUAUUGGCGUAUGUUGAUAUCUACGAUAUUGCUGAAAGAACCGAUUCCAUCCCGAUUUACUUCCAACAGAUGCGUGAUUUGUCUGAUAAAUCACUCAAUACGUCCCUAAAACAUGAGAGCUCUCCUAGUAAUGAUUACAAACCGUGGUGGAAGCUCUGGGGAAGCAAUGCUACUCCACAGCCUAAGGUUGAACAACUUGGUGGAUCAGGCCGUAUCCAUGAGUUUACUAAGAGCCAGUUCCUUAGAAACGGGGUUCCUCUCGGUACUACAGGUGACAUUAAUAUCAGAAAUAACCAUUUGGAGUAUUUGAUCACCUGGUACAGUUUGGCGCUCGUAUCGACUGUCUUGAUCUACUUUGUCGUGAGAAAGAAGACUGUGAAUCCUUUGCAGGAAAAGCUCAAGCACGCUAAGAGAUUGCAAUGA